AGCAAUUGGCGCCAAUUUUCUUUGUUCUGCAACAUUUCUUCUCUCGCACUGAAACACUCAACGUUUCAUUUGAGAGAUACGAAUUUAGUUGGGGGGUUGCCUUUAUAGCGAGUGGUCAUCAUGACCGGAGCGGGAGGUUUACGUUUCUUCAAACCAACAUAGAAGAAGACCAAUUCAAAUACGAGUGAUUUAUUAUCUUUUUUUUUUUUUUUUUUUCAAAUCUUUUUUUUGGGGGGGAGGGGGUCAGCUGAUUGUAUCGUCAUCAUUUAAGGAAUUGGAGAAUUUGUUUUUGUUUUUAUUGAAAAUGCAAAAUCUCAAGAAAAGAGUGGAUAGCUGGAUGGGGAAAAGUAACAACGCAGAUGGGACCAGCAGCGUGCCGCUUAACGAAGUGACGGCGCUCAAUAAACCACCGGUGUCGCGAACGCUGUCGAACGAAGGGGAGCCGCGUGAAACGUGGAACAAGAAGGUCGAUUUCUUGUUAUCCGUCAUCGGUUUCGCCGUCGAUCUCGCCAACGUCUGGCGCUUUCCCUAUUACUGCUACAAGAAUGGAGGAGGUGCCUUUCUCAUUCCAUACGGAAUCAUGCUGUUCGUCGGUGGCAUACCGCUCUUCUACAUGGAACUGGCUCUCGGUCAGUUUUACAGAAAGGGUGCCAUCACCAGCUGGGGCAGGAUCGUUCCGCUCUUCAAAGGCAUUGGAUUUGCUGUCGUCCUCAUCGCUUUCUACGUGGACUUUUUCUACAACGUCAUCAUCGCCUGGGCGCUACACUUCUUUUUCGCUUCGUUUACCAGCCAAUUACCGUGGACCAGUUGCUCCAAUUCGUGGAACACGCCUCAGUGCGCCGAGGUAAAUCACGAGUUCAACGGCAGUUUUUACAUCGUCAAUAAUCGUACGAACAUCAGCCAGACGAACAUCAGCGACCCUCUAUCGGAUUUCGAGAGCCAAACCGAAUUGAAUUCAACCCAACAGGCAACUAAUUACACGUCAGCCGCUUGGGAGUACUUCGUGCGCGGUUUGCUGGAACUGAAUCAGAGCAAAGGCAUCGACGACCUAGGCGCCAUCAAAUGGGACAUUGCGCUCUGUCUUCUAGUCGUCUACUUGAUUUGUUACUUCAGUUUAUGGAAGGGAAUUUCCACUUCUGGCAAGGUUGUCUGGUUCACGGCGCUCUUCCCUUACGUCGUCCUCUUUAUCUUGUUGGUGCGUGGAAUCACGCUGCCGGGCUCGGCCGAAGGCAUCCGCUAUUAUCUAUCGCCCAACUUCGAAGCCCUCAAGAAAGCCGAGGUGUGGGUCGACGCAGCCACGCAAGUCUACUUCUCCCUUGGGCCCGGCUUUGGCGUCCUACUGGCGUUUGCCUCUUACAACAAGUUCCACAACAACGUUUACAAGGACGCUCUUCUGACAUCUUUAAUCAACUGUUCGACGAGUUUUCUGGCCGGCUUCGUCAUCUUUUCCGUGCUCGGCUACAUGGCGUUACGGUCGGGAAAGCCCAUCGACCAGGUGGCAACCGAAGGACCGGGCCUAGUCUUUGUCGUUUAUCCGGAAGCCAUCGCAACGAUGCCCGGAUCCACAUUCUGGUCGUUGCUCUUCUUCAUGAUGCUCAUGACACUCGGACUGGACAGCUCCUUUGGCGGAUCGGAAGCUAUCAUCACCGCACUGAGCGACGAAUACCCCAUCAUUGGGCGGCAUCGUGAAAUCUUUGUUGGAUGUCUCUUUAGCGUCUACUUUGUCGUCGGAUUGGCUUCCUGUUCUCAGGGCGGUUUUUACUUUUUCAACCUGUUGGACCGCUUCGCCGCCGGCUUUUCUAUCCUCAUCGCCGUUCUCUUUGAAUCCAUCGCCGUGUCCUGGAUUUACGGGAUCGAUCGCUUCUGCCAAGAUAUCAAAGCGAUGACCGGUUUUUGUCCUGGAAUCUAUUGGCGGGUCUGUUGGAAAUUCAUCGCUCCCAUCUUCCUCAUGGGCAUUAUCGGCUACGGUUUAUGGGAUUACAAGCCGCUGGAGUACGAUGGAUAUGUCUAUCCGAUGUGGGCUAACUUAUUGGGAUGGUGCAUAGCAGGUUCCAGCAUCGCCAUGAUACCUACCGUUGCCAUUUAUCAAAUAAUCAUCACACCUGGAACGUUCUGUCAACGAAUGAAACUACUGGUGACGCCGUACGUCGUUCAACAUGAUUCGAUGAUUGUGGUGGACAAUGCCAUAACGAACGAACGACCGACGACUUUAUUGAUCAUCGAUGAGAAUUUCAAGGCAACUUCCACCGAUCGAAGCACCUACGUCUAAUUUUUGGGGGCUGCCAGCUAUUGUUAGCAAACACGAACGAGAGUUCAAUUCGAUUAUUUUCGGUACGAAGAGCCACGCAUAGGCCAAAAACAAAAUAUAGCAAUCGACGUUUGCUAGAUUUAGUCGAAUUUCUAUACCCACGAGAGGUGCAUGUCGUCGUUGUUUCUUUUUUUUAUACUAUCACAGCGUCUAUCUUUAAAUGGUAUUUUCUUUUUUUUUUUUUUUUUGGCCAAACCGGUACGCAAUUGCAUUUUAGAAUCGGCAGGAGAACUGAUUCCAUUAAAAUGCCGUGUAGUUAAACGUACCAAUUAUUUUAAAUCGACAAGUCAAAAUUACGAUUGUGGUGUCGUUGAUCUUAAUUACUCGCUAUUUAUUCUAGUUCUUUUUACUAUUGCCCUUCAACUUUCCAUGUCCUCUAUUUGUACGUCUUUUGUUUGUUUGUUUUUCAAACACACACAGCCGAUGACUUUUGUUGGCGUCUAUUUCAAUGUCACGUGUGUUAGCGCUGCAAUUUGUCGUUGUUUCGCAGUGUCUAUUUUGUAAAGGAACUUUUGAUUUCCAUACGUCAUGGAUAUCUAUAAAAAAAAAAGUCAUUUUCCCCAUCGCUACAUUUUAUGCCCGCAAGCAGCACGUUAGCAUUGGCAUUCCGCAUACAUCAGCCAGUAUCCGGAAGGCCAACGUGAUUUUUGUCCGUUUUUCUAAAAUCCCCGAUGAUAAUUAAAAAGACACGUUUUCUUAAUUGAUUUGUUUUGUGCGUGAGUGUUAUUGAUUUCUAACCAUCCCCCUCUCAGUCACUUGUCA